CUCCCUCCUUGAAGCUCGGAUACCACCAUUUCUGCAGCAACACUCUGCUUCCUCCUCCUCGAAGUAGAACAGAGGAGAGGAAAGGAGAGAAGAGAAGAAGAUGGCGGUGCUCUUGGUGGUGAUAGGCCUUAUCCUUGGCGUGGUGGUGGCGAGCAGCCUGCUGCUGCGGUGGAACGAGGUGAGGUACAGCCAGAGGCGGGGCCUGCCGCCGGGGACAAUGGGGUGGCCGCUCUUCGGCGAGACCACUGAGUUCCUCAAGCAGGGGCCCAGCUUCAUGAAGGCCAGGAGGCUCAGGUACGGGAGCCUGUUCCGGACGCACAUCCUGGGCUGCCCCACGGUGGUGUCCAUGGACCCGGAGCUGAACCGCCGCAUGCUGGCCAGCGAGGGCGUCGGCUUCGUCCCGGGCUACCCGCAGUCGAUGCUCGACAUCCUGGGGCCCAACAACAUCGCCGCCGUGCACGGCCCACUCCACCGCGCCAUGCGCGGCGCCAUGCUCGCGCUCAUCCGCCCGCCCAUGAUCCGCGCCACGCUCCUCGACAAGAUCGACGCCUUCAUGCGCUCCCACCUCGACGGCUGGGCCGGCCGCCGCGUCGACAUCCAGGAGAAGACCAAGGAGAUGGCUUUGCUCUCUGCACUCAGGCAGAUUGCUGGCAUCUCUGCUGGCCCAGUCUCUGAUGCCCUCAAGACAGAGCUGUACACCCUUGUGCUCGGCACCUUCUCCCUGCCAAUCAACAUCCCAGGAACCAAUUACCAGCAAGGGCUCCAGGCGAGGAAGAAGCUUGUGGCCAUGCUGCAACAGAUGAUCGCGGAUCGGGGCGCCUCUGGUUGUGGUCGUGACGACAUUCUGGACGCCCUCUUGAGCGGCAAUGAGGGUACCAGGACGAAGCUCAGCGAUGAGCAGAUCAUUGACCUGCUCAUCACCCUGAUAUACUCUGGAUAUGAAACCGUGUCGACGACAUCGAUGAUGGCGGUCAAGUACCUGUCGGACAAUCCGAAAGCUCUUGAACAAAUCAGGAAAGAGCAUUUUGACAUCAGGAAGGUAAAAUCAUCAGAGGAUGCCCUUGACUGGAAUGAUUACAAGUCGAUGACCUUCACCCGAGCUGUAAUUUAUGAGACUCUAAGAUUAGCUACAGUUGUUAAUGGUCUGCUGAGGAAGACCACCCAGGAUGUAGAAAUGAAUGGGUAUGUUAUUCCAAAAGGUUGGAGAAUUUAUGUCUACACAAGGGAGAUAAAUUAUGAUCCAUUCCUGUACCCGGAACCGAUGGUUUUCAAUCCAUGGAGAUGGCUGGAGAAGAACCUGGAAUCACAUCCACACUUCAUGUUGUUUGGAGGAGGUGCCCGUAUGUGCCCAGGGAAGGAAGUAGGAACAGUUGAAAUUGCAACUUUUCUUCACUAUUUCGUGACGCGAUACAUGUCUGUUCCUCUCAUAAGUCCUUGUCGCCUUGAUGGGAGAUAUUUACUGACAACGUUGCGGCACUGGUCUUCUCUUGCAGAUGGGAGGAAGAAGGAAACAACACUAUAUCAAAGUUCCCUAGAGUGGCGGCUCCCAAUGGGCUACAUAUCCGAGUUCAAGAUUACUGAUCUUGCAACAUUUUGCGGCUAAGUUUAGAUAGGAUUCAGACUCAGAUAGAAUAACUCUGCUUGCCUUAUCAAAAGGAUUAGAACAGCCAUUUGGUGCUUGUAAAAUGUAUCCGUGCCAAUAGGAAUGUUAUAGGGAUGAUAUAAGUAUCAUAGGUUUACUAGGAAAUUGAAGUAGAAAGCCACCAGAUGCUCCUGUAUUAUUUUGGUUUGACCAAUUUUCAAAUUAAAACAGAAGUAUCAUUUGGCUUC